CCCAGUAAAUUCUUCCAUUGUUGGCCUUCAAGCUUUUCGGCUCUCUCUCUCUCUGCUAUUAGUUGAUUGAUCAUCAAUGGAUUCUCAACCUGUUGAACCAGUCAGCUACAUCUGUGGAGAUUGUGGGCAGGAGAAUACCCUAAAGCCUGGUGAUGUGAUACAGUGUCGUGAAUGUGGUUAUCGUAUUCUCUACAAGAAGAGGACUCGAAGAAUCGUGCAGUAUGAAGCUCGGUGAUGCUUAAAGUCAUUUGGAAGAACAGCAAGAGUUCUGCUCGUAUGGAAGUAGAUGUUAAAAACGUAAUAGCUAGUAUUAAAUAUCACGCGUGUCAGCGUGGCCAUUGUGUGUCUUUACCUAUCUGUGUGUGAUUUCUUCGUGUUCACAUGUUGUUAGUCUAUAUGGCAAGUUCAACUCUAACUCAGCGUGGUUGAAUAUUGUAGAAAUUUCUCAAACACAAUGUCUUGUGGUCUAUUGUGGAAAAUCCGUUUAUGUUAAAAUCUUCACGAGUUGUGUCUUA